UACAUAUAAAAUGCCACUCAAAAUGGACAUUGAGCCUCCACCUUCCACCUAUUUUUUUCUUGUCUCGAGAGUUCCAUUUCCCUAUAGUACACUUUCUCUGUUUCCCUUGAAACAUCUCUUUUUUCUGCUUCUUCUUCGGACUAUAUUUCACUAGCUCUACUAUUAACCUUCUUGAAAAUACAGGGAACAGUAAUAUCUUCAUAUCUACUUCUUAGAUCUUGGCACAAUCAUGGCUGCUUUUGUACUGUCUUUAAUACUUCUCUUGGCUUUAACUGGUUACUCAAGUGGUGCUAAUUACUGUGUGUGCAAAGAUGGGUCUGGGGACCAAGUUCUGCAGAAAAAUAUAGACUAUGCCUGUGGAAAUGGAGCUGACUGUACUGGUAUCCUUCAAAAUGGCCCUUGCUACAACCCAAACACUAUCAAAGAUCACUGCUCCUAUGCUGUAAAUAGCUAUUAUCAGAGGAAGGCUGCAACUGGUGCUACUUGUGACUUCUCUGGAACAGCAACUUUGACUUCAACUCUACCAUCCUCCACUAGUUCUGCAUGCUACCAGACCACAGGAGGCAACACUGGAGGUACCACAACCCCAACUGCACCAGGAACCACAACAAAUCCAGGGAUAGGAACUGGGACCGGCACGAGCACAGGCACAGGCACAGGCACAAGCACAGGAACUAAUACGGGUAUUAACAACCCAACUUUUGGGUUAGGACCAACAGGAAGUGGUGGCUACAACCCAGAUGGCAGUGGCACAGAGGCUCUUCAUCAAAACAGACUUUUUUUCGCCAUAGCACUUUUGUUUACAAGCAGCUUGUUGGUGGUAUGCCUAAGAGUGUAAAGAAAAAAGUAUGAAUGUGAGGCAUUGAAUGAAAGAAGGGUAUGAGAAGAUAAUGGACUUUUUGGGUACAAAGUAUGGGUAGCAUUUUUCAAUGGUCAGCAGGGGAGAAUCAUCUGGACACACUUCCACUUGGACUUUUUUUGUUAUUUUCUUCUUGUUUCUUUAUUAUCUCCAUCUUCCCUUUCCUCUGGUGAGUGGAAAAAGUUGGAAUUAGAUUCCUUCUUGAAGUGGAGAUGUGGCUGUUUCUGGGGGUAGUAAUAUGUACUAGUAAUGUAGAAGAAUCCUGAUCUCUUCUUUUUAGAUUUUCCUUUUUGUAUAUCUAGAGAAGUAGAGACUGUAUUUUUUAUUUUAGAAAUUUAAUCAAUGAGUACUUGCUACCCUA